AAUAAACCGGUAUAAAUGUGUAAUACUUACUUGGCAUAAUAUAUAGGUGACACCUGUUUCAAUGCAAGUCGAUUUGAUAAAUUUAAAGGAGAACAUCUUAUCACAUUCCUUCCUAAAGUAGCUGCCAUUUUCGUGAGAGCAGCUGACAACAGUCAGAGAGGAGUUACAUUGGUUGGCUGCCGCCUGGUGAUGGGAACACUGCUAUCACCUCCGCCGAAGACAUCGAGGUGGGGAAGGUAACGAAAGGGUAGGGGACAGACUUCGCCGUCAGUAAGGAGUACGCUCCUGCGAGAUGGGAGCCAAGCGACCCAUCAGGAUCGUCGUACUUGGCGCUCCUAAAGUCGGCAAGACCGCAAUCACAGUGAGAUAUCUUACGCAUAGAUUUAUUGGAGAAUACAGCUCUAGAACAGAUGCGGUUUACAAACACACUGCUAACAUAGGAGGAGAAAAAACUGAGUUGGAGAUACUCGAUACCUGUAAGUCAUCGAUGGAACGACGUGAAGGCGAUGGGUACUUGGUAGUCUUCAGCGUGACAGAACCUAGUAGUCUGGCUGCAGCAGCUGGCAUUUUGGCGGGUCUACCUCAAGCCAGACCAGUAUUGCUCUUGGCGAACAAGAUAGAUUUGGAGCAUGCCAGAAAAAUAAAUUAUUCCUCAUUCCACAGAAGUGUCUCCCUGCGAGCUGCCCUGGAACUCUCGGUGGUAGCUGGGUGCUCCUAUCUGGAGGUGUCCGCUUCCUCUUCGGCGAUGGACAGGGGAGGGAUACCCCUAGCGUUCGCCGCGGUGGCCAGCAAGGCCAAGCCUGUCUCGCCGUUGAGGGCUGCCAUCCGGGCUCUUGCGGCUCUCCUGUCCUACCGGAAGGUCUACCACCAUCGCAGGCCUAGCGAGGUCAAGUGGAAGUGA